CAGGACGUUUGAAGUUUUCGUCACCUGGUAACAAACUCUGGCAUUUCUUCAAAAAUGGACGGGCAGACAUGUGAAGCACUUGGGUCCAGUCACACCAAUAUAUAUCAGAAUGCCAUUUCUUUACUAAAAAACAUAUAUGCGACUGUUGACAGUGGAAACAUUCAGUCAAUUACAGAAAGUGAAGUUAAUAAUAUCAAGUCCUUAAUAAAUGAUUUAAGAUCACUCCAUAAAAUGAGAUGUUGCGCCCAUCAGAUUCUUGAAACGGAGUCCAUCAAAACAUCCGCUUUGAGGGUAAAGCUUCAGGAAUUUAAAAAGCGAAAGGUAGAAGAAAUUUUCGACAAAAGAAAUCUUGUGAGAAUGCUGAAUGAAAAGGAACUGAAGAACCUAGAGGAUUCUCUGAACUCCAUUAAAAGUACUUAUGAGGAAAGUGAACAGGCACUUGAGGAACUUACUCGCAUACUGAAUUUAUUAAGACUUCAUGAAUUAAAGUCAAAUGAAGAAAAUAGUGUUACACUUGAAGCUUUAAAUAACUGUUUAGAUAAUAAAGCAAAUAAACAAAUAUUUUUAAAUCAAAAAAUUGAAGAAAUUGAAAUGACUGAAUUGAAGGUGAAAGAAACUCAAAAGAUGUUGGACGAUUUAAAUGCAGAAAUAACAGAAGAACGUAGAAAUGCAGUAAGAAAAGUUAUCAAAUUGGAAGAAGAAACGAAAAAACUGAAAAAAGCGCUCAGUGUUCAACAUGAAAAAAACAGAACAUUAGAAAUACCACAUAAAGAAGUUAGUGAAGUAUUACGUUGUAAAAGAUUUGAAGAAUUCUCAUUAUCAAAUAGUGUUGAUGAAUUAUACAAUAAUAUUCAUGAAUGUAAAAUACGAAAAUCGUCUUUAUUAAAUACAAUUCAAAAGAAAGAAAUUGAAAUUAAAGCAGCUGAAGAAAAACGUGAUUUCAUACAACAAUCAUUAAAUAAAAUGUUAGAAGAACAUGAAGAAAGUUUAGAAAAUAUAAGAAAAGAAUUGAAAAAAAUUGAAGAAUCACAAAUGACUUCAAUCACAAAUAUUGAAGCAUAUGAAAAGAAAAAAGAGAUUUUAAAAGCCGGUUAG